AGAAAAGGAUUAGAAAACGAUUAAACAAACAUUGAACAUUUCAUUCCAGGUUACUGAACGAAAGAGAAAUGUAGAAACAUUUAUUGAAUUACUUAAAGAUAAUCGAAUACAUGAAUUACUUGAUAAUGAUACUCAAGAGGAAAAUACAACAAAACGUUCAAUAACCUGGAAUGAAAUGUUCAAUGUUAUUCGAGAAUAUACGAUCAAUGAAUUAGCUAAUAUUCGAACAAAAUCAUCAAAAACUUUAUCAUCUGAUACCAAAUAUCAAGAAGCACUUAAAUUAUUUAAAACUCUUAUAGAAAAUGCCAAUGCACGUGCUCCUGAACUUGAUGGUCGUCCUUUAAUUGAAUCAAUUAUUUCAAUAAUAACCAGUGAUGCUUGGUUAUCAUGUACAAUUGUAAUCAAAGAACUUAGUCAUUUGUUAAUUAAUAAUGUUCUUUGCUCUCAUAAAUAUGUCAACGAAUUACGUGAACAAGAAUGGAUUGAUUUAUGUGAGUUAAAUAUGACAUUAUCAAAAAAUCAAAAUAAAUCAUUUCAUGAAAGUGAUCAAGCACUUUAUAGUUCAUAUUUAAAAUUUCUCAUAGAGAAAUUAGUUGUUUAUAAUGAUUUAGAUUCAAGUAAAUCAACUAUUCGAAAAGAUUUAUUUGAUUUUCUGCAUAUUGAAAUUGAACAAUUAAAAAAUUCUAAUCAUUUUUCUGUUAUUGAAAAUUUAC